UAUUAAAUAUUCAUGAAGAAGCCACACAGAUUGUGGAGAAUCCGCUUCAUCUAGCUGACACUCAGAUUGUGGAUAAUACACAAAGUCAAUUUGAGAGUUGUGUGGUGGUAGAAGAAAGAGUGGAUGACAUUCAUGAUGCUGCUACUCAGGUAGUUGCCAUGACAGACCGAAUACAACCAGAUAAUAGUCCAAUAAACCAAAAUAAACAAAAGGAACCUUCCCAAAUUUCUGAAAAUUCAUCUUACAAUAAGGACAUUCAUGAAGCACCUACCCAAGAAGUAGGUUGUUCUGAAAAUAAAGACAAAGAAAAACCGAGCUCACAGUCUUCUUCGCCGACUCAAAUGUUAAACACACAAGACCUGAUUCAAGCAAUUAAUGUGACAAUAAACAGUGCAGAUUCCAAUACACAGGAACUGACAACUCAAGAGAAACAAGACCUUAUUGACAGAAUUGACAAAAAAAAUGAAGACAUUAAUAAAGCGGAAGUGGUGGAUAUUGAAAAAUGUUCAUCUUUAGAAACGUUGAGUUUAAAAAAGAAUACAAUUUUGACUCCGUUCCAGAAGAAAAAUGUCAUUCACAAUAGCCAGACGCCUUCUACAUCUAAAGUGUUUCCAAAUUCUGAAUACGACGAAUCUUUUUUAAAUGAAUCUAAAACUAGCGGCAAAGGUGUCAUAGAAGAAACUAUAAUUGAAAACCCCAAUAGCAAUGACUCAAUUGAUUUUCUAGAAAUGCAGAAUACACAAGAUGGCAUGUUGAGUAAGCCUAUCCAGAAUGAUAUAGAUGACAUAGAAACUAUUGGAUUUAGAAAAAAACCCGUCAAGCAACUGUCAACACAGGAAUCUGUGACUUCUGUUGAUGACACGGAACAAAUUGGUUUCAGAAAAAAACCUAUUAGACAACUGUUAAGCCAAGAUUCAGAUACCGAUAUUGAAUCUCAACAAAUUGGGGUCAAAAAAAGACCUGCUAAGCCACUGGCAGAGGAUUCCGACUCUGAUACAGACAUUGAAGACAAUGUUCAAAAUAGUAAACCUGACGAACCACCUAAAAUCUCUAAUUCAGACUCUGAAACCGAUUGUGAGGAAGAAAUUUUGCAAAAACUCAAUGUUAACACAGUGACAAAGGAUGAUACUUGUGAUAAUGCAGGUAAUAAAAACGAGAUGAACGAUAGCGAUUGUAUACCAGCAACGCAAGAUGCUUUUGCAGAAGCCUUAGGCUAUGAGCCAGCAAGAUCUCAAUUUACAAAUCAGUCGUCAGAAGAAAGUUUCAAGUUGGGAUUGACAGAACUUAUGGAUUAUUCGGAAACAGUUACAGAAAAUAAUAAUGGUAAUGAUAGAAUCGAAGACAUGCCUAAAAUCGAUGAAAAUUUAAAUAAAAAAGAUGCGGUUGACGAAACUGAUGGGGACAAAAUGAACUUAAUGCCCACCCAAAAAAUUGGAGAAAAUAGCAGUUCUUCUAAAAAAUUCACUUUCAAAAAGAAAUCUUGCAUUCUUGAUGAAUCUUUGACCACUAUUUUGAACAAUACCACAAAUAAAGGCGUCAAAGGCAAUGUUGAUAAAGCUGGUGAUGCUGAAAAUACUGAUGUUGAUGACGUUUUCUUGCAACCCACCCAGAAAAUAGUUACUGGAACAUCGGAACAACCAGAAGAUGAUAUUUUCUUGCAACCUACUCAGAAAGUAGACUACGAUGAUACAUCACAAAGAACCGAUGAUGACGUUUUCUUGCAACCUGGAAAACCGAUCAAAAAGAGAGCAAUUAAAAAUAAUACUGAGUUGGAAAAAAUUGAUGAAGACUCUGAUGAUAUUUUCUUGCAACCAACUCAAAAAUUAAUGUUGGAAGAACCGGUGGUGGUAGCCGGUAACAAUUUAAAAAAAGGUUCUAAGAAAACUAAUACUCAAGAUGAUGACGUUUACAUGAUGGCUACUCAGUUGAUUCAAGAGGAUGUAGACCAAAAAACUAAAGACAUACCCAUGACUCAAGAAGACCUCUACAACCAAGCUACCCAAAAAGUAUAUGCUACAUCACAAGAACCAGAUACUGUAAUACAAAAUCAAGACGUUUAUGACUUGGAAACGCAAAAAAUAGAUGAAGUUUCUAUUGUCCAAGUGGAUAAAAUACCAAACGAAGUCAAUACUGAUUCAAAUUUACCAGAUACCCAGCUAGAAAUGCCAUUUAGUAGUCAAACUACACAUUUUAAAAUCGCCGAAGAUUCAAAUCGACCUGGUAAUCCUAUUCUUCGCGAAUUAGACCAUCUGUCAAAUCAAGAUGAAGAAGCUGGCAGCUCUAAUAAAGAUAAUUUGACGAAAACAUGUUUAUUUAAGGAGCCUUUAACGAUUACAGAUAAUACCAAAAGCAAAGCUGAUGAUCCUGAAACUUUAAGCCAGAUCGAAGCGUUUAUUAAAAAGCCUCUACCGCCGGCAGCUACAAGACGAUCUGUUAGAAAAUCGAAUAUAAAUAAAAAACAUGAAGCUCCCGAAACUCUGAGUCAAAUUGAAGCUUUUGUUAAGAAACCUGCUGUAAACGAAUUGUCCAAAAAUGAGGUUCCACCAGGGACAUUGCAUCAAAUUGAGAGUUUCAUCAACAAACCUUUACCGGAAAAACAAGAACUGAUUAAAAAAAAUGAAAUUGAAAUAGUUUCACGAAAGCUGUCCAAACGCAUUUCUUCUAAUUCAAUUACUGUUAAUGAUGAUACGAUUAUUCAUAAUUUAACAGCAAUAAGAGAGGACGAAGAACAGGGACAAUCAUCAUCGAAAUUGUCUGAUGACACAUUGAAUGAUUCAGAAAGAAGUCGAGAACUCAAAAGCGAUGUAGAUCAAAGUUUCGCUUUGCUCGAAUCCAAAAGUUCUAAAGUCAGAAGGAAACCUAAAAAUGAUCCCGAUCUUAACGAAAUUAAAGUUGUCAUAACUUCACACAGACGAUCUAUGGGCGUGGCCGAAAAUUUAACACGGAAUAUCGCUACACCGAUUAGUAAAAAGUCUAAUAAAACUAAUAUUUCAAGUGAUUCUAGUAUUGAAGAGCCUGUAAAAGCUCCUCGCGGAAGAAGAUCUCGAAAGCCAUCGACCAGCAAUGAACCUGAGAAGAAAGUUCCAGUUAGAGGAAAGAAAAUCGAAGAAACGAAAGACUCUGAUACUGGUGAUGGUAAUUCGAAAGCGUCUACUAAGCCUCCUGCUACAAGAAAAACGAGAAAAGCUUCGGUUAGUAGCGAACCAGAACAUGCUCCGAGAAAAUCGAGAAAACUCUCGACUAGUAACGAACCCGAAAAUAUAUCGUCUAAAGGGAAAAAAGCAGAAGAAGCUUUGGAAACAAUCACAGAAGAUGCACCCACCAAAAGAAACGCUAAAAAACAAACUCAUAGUUCGAAAGAUGUGGAAGAUUUCCCUAAGACGGAUAGAAGGAAUAUUAAAAGGCAGAUGAGCGAUUCCAGUGAAAGUGAUUUUGUUCCAAGCGGUCCUUCGACUCCUGCCAAACGGGGUAGGAUAGGUACCGCCAAGGUAAAUAACGUUCCUUCAACAGAUACGAGCGGCAAAAGUAGGGACAGUAGCGCGUCUAGUGAAAAUAUGACUACUCCGAGGAAGGUGAAAAUUUCUAUUAAGGCGGAAUCUCUACUAGCGUCGGUAGAGAGAUCAAAAAGAAAACAGAAACCGAAAGUAGUAUUUACUAUGUUGGAUAGUCCACAAUUGGAAUCAUUUAUCAAACAUUUAGGUGGUAGUAUUGUGGAUACAGUCGAUUCUUGUACUGUGCUGGUUACACAAAGUAUAAAGAGAUCCCAAAAAUUAUUAACUGCCGUAGCCCAAGGAAAACCAAUUUGUUCUCCAGAAUGGAUUAGGUCUUCGAAGCAACAUAACGAUUUUUUAGAUCCUUGGGAUUACUUAUUAGUUGAUAAAGCCGCGGAAAAGAAAUGGGACUUUUCACUGCGGGAAUCCCUCAUAAAAGCCGGUGAUAAUAAACUUUUGGAAGGUUAUAUUUUUCAACUAAUGGUCACCAACGCCUUAGACGUGUUAAAAGGUGCUAUUGAAGCGAGUGGUGCAAAAAUCGUAACAAAGCAGCCAACCAAAUCUGAACUGAAUAGUUUUAUAAUAAUCGCAACGGCGGACCAAAAAUCGAAAUUCCAGAGGAUCAAAAAGCAACAUCCCGAAGUUAGAGUGAUAGAACCGGAAGCUAUCUUUGACGGCGUCUUGAGACAAGAAUUUAGACUAUCCCGACAUCUCAUAGCAUAACAAAUACAUUGAUAUUCGGAAUUGGUAGUUUAUGUCUCAUACAUGCAUUUAAUAUGCAAAAUUAUUUUUGUUAUUGAAACGAAGGGGAAUACUUAUUAUAUUUACUUCAAUCUAAAUAUGUAUGCCAAAUAAAAAGUAAUUAAAGCCUGUACAUUUGAAAAACUAGAAUAAUUUAUAUUUUUGUGUAUAUGGAAUUUAAGAAAAAGAAAAUUGUUUUAUUAUUCAAAAUGGUUAAUCAGAGCCCAACAUUUUCCGAUACCGAAUAGUCCUCUGCAAACUAAAUGGCUCCAUUUGAAAAUAGACCUUCCGAAACAGCGUUAAUUGUAAAUAUAGAACCUUAGAACAUUACUUAAGUUUACAUAUAUUUUUUUAAAAACUGUAUAGAAUAUAUUUCAAUUAUAGACAAACUAAUGUUUUAUACUAUUUUAUUUAAGAAAAUGUUAUUUUUUAAGUGUAUAAGUUCAUUGUUAUAAAAUAAAACCUGAGUAUUUAAGAACCUGUGCAUUGAAUGAUGUUUGUUGUACCACUGGGAAUGAUUUCGAAUUUGAC